UUGGAAAUGCAUAGGCGAAUGGGCUCGGAUCGAGAGGUGUCGCCCGUCACGCGAGGACGCAAGGAGCGAGAGGACGAGUGGCGUUGAAUUUGGGGCCGAAGGAUGGUGGUCGUCUGCUCAUGAUAGGAGCUUUGUGCACAUUGCCCUGUCAAGAUGGUCCAUCAUUCAUCAGUUAAGGUUGAUCCAGAAACGCAACAUGCAUGCAGUUGUCCAAUUCUUCCUCUAAAAAGUCACAUAAGAGGACCUGCUCCCAGUGCUGAAGCAGGUAGCACAGACAUUAUUGAUGAGGCUAUCAACUUCUUCCGGGCUAAUGUACUAUUUAGGAAGUUCGAAGUCAAAGGUUCUGCGGACAAGUUGCUUGUUUACUUGACUCUGUACAUAAACAUGGCCCUUAAACGCAUUGAGGCAUGCAAAACGGAGGCUGAUGGCGUGAAGGCCAUCAUUAACCUAGGGCUAGAGAAGUUUCCCAUUCCUGGUGAACCUGGGUUUCCUUUGGGAGGCCUAUUUACUGCACCGCAGACAAAGGAAGAAGGAGACUUAUUGCGUAACUACUUCAAGCAAGUGCGGGAAGAGACUAGUGGAAGGUUGAUGGAGAAAGUAUAUCGCCGAAAUGGCACACCCAACAAGUGGUGGCUGGCUUUUGCAAAGAGAAAGUUUAUGAAUAUCAUGAUGCCGCUUUGAUUAUUAAUUGUUAGCAGUCCUCUUGUUCUGUAUUCUUUUAGAUUAACCGAUUUGAAUCAAGCCUUUCUAAACAAUGGAAGUUGUUCCAGUGCUCGUGCAUUCUUGGGUAAAGAAUUGGACCAAAUAGAUUGAUAUUUCCUGUCAAGAACAACUUGAAGGAGGUUGACUCAAUAAAAGUUUAACUGCCAUAGGUAAGAAGAGUAAUCUUAGGAGGAUUAGCAUGGCAUGAACUAGACAUGAUGGAACUGUAGAUAGCUAGACAUUUGGCGGUGGAAUCUGCACACCGAACCUUGUUAAGAGGUUGCAAGAAAGUAUACAACAUUUUUCGUUUGUCAAGUCCACAUCUUCACAUUUGCCACUGUUUUUUCAACUGCAAGAUACCUCCAUGUUGGGAAGUAUCUCUAGUCAGAGUUUCUAGAUUAGCGGCACUGAAAGGCUGCAAACUUCAGUUUCUAGGUUAGCGGCACUGCAGAACUUUGCUAGAGUUAGCCAAGUUUGGUAGGUGCACGCUAUGACAUGUUUCUAGGGUGACUCUUAUACAAGUGGGCACCAUCUCAUGUUUAGACACAUGCUGUGCUUUAAAGAUUUGAGCCUGAUUGAAAAGUC